CCUCCACCUCCUAAAGUCCAUCCAUGUCGACUCGAGGCCCUCGUUCUAGACCUGCUCAUUCCACCCAGGCCUCGGCAUUUUAGGUGAGCCAACCUCGCGUUUGGAGGCCAGUCCACAUAAAUAUCGAGUAUUUACAGCUUCUGGCAUCAUUUCGAGGCGAUGAGCUUACGUUAGACAGUCUUUCAGGCUGAGACUGCCACCAGAGUUAUCCGGUACCUCACUUCGACCUUCCUCCAACACCGCCACACCGCCACACCUAGAGCAACCGCAACGUAUCCCGACUCUCACCGAACGACCAGCAAUUAAAUAGUACGAGCAGAGGAGAAUCUAGUUCCUCCCCGACAAAGAAAUCAUACCUUGAACUUCCCACAAUGGCUUCGCCGACGCCUAGCGUUAGCCGGGGCCGACACCUGGCCUCGCGGCCCAUUUCGAGUACAUCGAGCUCGAAUGGGGCACGGCAAAGAGACCCUGUAAACGCGGCUACCGGCCGCGGGAUGCGCCCGAGCCCGUCAUCCGGCGGUAUCUAUCUUCGACCCGAAUGGCAAAAUUGGGAUGAGAUUUGCCUUCGGGUCAGGGGCCUUCCCGAUACAGCAACGACAUUUUCUUUAUGGUCAGUAUUCAAAGAUUACGGAGAGAUCGUCAAUAUCGAACUUUUCGAGGACAGGCAGGGGACUCGAGAGGGCAGCGGCCUUAUCCGUUUCUCGCCGCCCCCCUCCACGAGGUUCUGGAAGGACUUCAUGAAUGUCAUAAUGCAAGGCAAGCAGGUCAAGAUCAACGUCAACCUGCUGCCCGAUCGAGCAAGACCUCUAGUCCGCGCCUCUAACGGUCUUAGCUACCCGUCCUCCCUGAAACUCGCGACGAAGACCAUGGAAUUUGGUGUACUUACACGUGAGAACGAGAUGAUGCCGAUGAAAACAAUUCAGAACGACGGCGGCAGCGGAUUUUCUCUGACGGCUGACCUACGGAGUAAACGACUCAAGGUCGCAUUCGCAUGCUAUAUGGAGGACCCACGUCGUGAGGAUCCCAGUAUACAUCACCCUUCUCCCAUCGGGAAACAAGAGACUAUCCUGGAGUACAAGAUGCACAUCUUCUUCACACACCUCAAACAAGUUGUCUGUAUCGACGUCGAUGAGGAUACUUGGGCCCUAGUUAUCUACCUGCCAAGCCCACCAGUCUUUUACCAGAAGAGAGACCCAUCCGGAUCUCACUCAAUUCAUCGUAACGUUUGGAGCGAGAGGGAAACCUGGAAGCGCAUAGUCGACAUCACAUACGACACGACCUGGUUCAAAGAUGAGCCCGUUUCGUUGGCAAGAACUAACCAGAUCAUUGAUAUUGGUAGGUGGACAACAUACCGGAUUGCAUUUCAGAAGUCCACUUCUGCUGUCUGGGGCGUAAUGAGGAAUGCGUUGCGGGACUUCAACAUCAAGGUCAACUACGCGACCUCGAGCGAGUUCUCGACAGCACCAGGCAAGCUGCCGGACUUCUGGAGCAAGCUGGAGCCUCCGCAGGCAGAGUCCGGCACAUCCAAUGCCAAUUUUUCCCUUCUUGCUGAUACGGAAAAUAUAUAUCUUCCCUACGAUGUCCGAUAUCAGCUUGAAGUCUGCAUCUCCCAGGGUUUCCUCAACGAGGUCGACAUCACGACUGAGUUUUUGCUCAAGCUGGCCGAGCUUUCUAAAAAUCGUGUCCGCCGCCGUGUCCACUGCCGAGACAGGGCUAACGACUUCUUGACGUACAUCUCGGAGUCUCAUUUCCGAAGCGGUGUCGAGGGUCGGGACAAACUGGACGAAAAGAGAAUCUACGACCCCAUGUCCCUAUUUGAAAACAAGAAAGCGAUGAGCCACUACCCCGAGAUCUCGAUCCCUGAGCACUGCCUGUGGAUCAGGAAAGUUGUGGUGACACCGACGACCAUGUACCUGAGCAGCCCGUCGCCGGAGCCGUCGAAUCGCGUGCUGCGUCAGUAUGCCAACUACGGAGAUCGCUUCCUGCGUGUCCAGUUCACCGACGAACUUUCCAAGGGUCGCAUAUUCCCAUCUCCAGACAGUGAGCAAGACAACGCGCUCUUCAACAGAGUCUACCGAACGUUGAAAAACGGAAUCCGAAUUGGUAAUCGCCAUUUUCAAUAUCUUGCCACCGGGAACUCGCAGUUUCGAGAGAAUGGAGCCUACUUCUUCUGCCCAACGGAUUUCUUGACCUGCGACAACAUUCGGCACUGGAUGGGCGACGUCAGGCGCAUCCGGAUCGUGGCAAAAUACGCUUCGCGGCUCGGGCAAUGCUUCUCAACGACCAGGAUGCCCAAAUCAUCCCCGAUCGGUCAGACGAUAGUGCAGAUCCAGGAUAUCGAGCAUAACGGAUGGUGCUUCACGGAUGGAGUCGGGAAGAUCGCGCCGAAUCGUGCGAAAUUUCUCGUACAAAAUGUCCACGUCACCAAGGACGAGAAGAUGGUCCCGUCCGUCUUCCAGUUCAGGCUCGGAGGUAGCAAGGGAAUCUUGGUCCAGUGGCCCGAUGUACCUUUUAACGAGGUUCACCUACGGCCUUCGCAAAAUAAGUUCUCAGCUGUCUCCAAAGGCCUCGAGGUUAUUAAGACCUCUCGCUUCUCGGUCGCAACCUUGAACCGCCAGAUCAUCACCAUACUCAGCAGCCUUGGCGUGCCAGACGAAGUCUUUGAAGAUAUGUUAAGGCAUCAGAUAGCGAGUUACGAGCGUGCAAUGGAAGAUCCCGAAGUUGCCAUGGAGCUGCUUAGCAAAUACACCGACCAGAAUGGUACCACGACAACGAUGGCACAGAUGAUCGCAGACGGCUUUAUGGAGACGAAAGAGCCUUUUUUCAUGACUAUAUUGGGGGUAUGGUAUGCUUGGUCGAUGCGACUCCUCCGAGAAAAAGCACGAAUCCUAGUCGAGCAAGGGGCGUUCGUCUUCGGAUGUGUCGACGAAACUAGAACACUGAGAGGACAUUCGGACUCAACUAAGGUCGGCAGCAAAGAUCCCAAAACCUUGCCGCAGAUCUUCCUCCAAGUACCAAAGAUCGGUUCUCGGCAAGGCGACCCUGGUAACUAUACGGUUAUCACGGGAGUAUGCAUGCUUGGUCGGAAUCCAUCGCUACACCCUGGCGACAUCCGAAUCGUGGAGGCCGUCGACGUUCCAGCGUUGAGGCACCUCCGCGAUGUUGUCGUAUUCCCUGCAGUUGGCGACCGUGACAUCCCCUCGAUGUGCUCUGGCGGAGAUCUGGACGGUGACGACUUCUUUGUGAUCUGGGAUCCCCGACUCAUACCUGUUGAGUGGAACUACCCUCCAAUGGUCCAUAACACACUCCCACCGACAAAACUCAACAGGGACGUAAGAGUGGCAGAUCUCAUCUCGUUCUUUGUGCGUUACAUGAAGAACGAUUCGCUUAGCACGAUCGCUCAUACACAUCUGGCGAUGGCCGAUACGCUCCGUGAUGGCCCCAAGGAUCCGCAAUGCAUUGAACUGGCACGUUUGCAUUCCAAUGCGGUAGAUUACCCAAAGACAGGCCGGGAGGCGUACUUGAAAGCAUCGCUGCGGUCGAGGCACUACCCUCACUUUAUGGAAAAGGCUCCCAAGAAGUCGUACCGAUCAACUAGAAUCCUCGGCCAACUCUACGACGCUGUAGCGAAGGUCGACUUUGUGCCAAAGCUUGACGGCGCCUUCGACGAGAGAAUUCUCCGCAGGUAUGAGAUCGAUGAGGAGAUAUUGAAGACGAUCAGAAUGGUGAAGAGGCAGCACGACAAGAGUAUGAAGCAGAUUAUGAACCAACACGAUAUCGCGACAGAAUUCGAGGUCUGGACAACCUUCGCGUUGUCGAAGCCACGCGUGGGAGGCGAAUACAAGAGACAGGAGAGCCUGGAACCGGUGAUUACCAACCAUAGGGAACGGUUCAGACGGGCCUGCGUGAAGGUGGCAGGCUCUAAAGACGAGUCAGCACUCUAUCCGGUGAUAGCUGCCACCUACCGUGCGACAUGGGAAGAGGUGCAGGCAGCCCUAAAACGAACGCCCCAACAAGGGUUACAGGCUAAGGAAACGCCGCUCAUUAGUUUCCCUUGGAUCUUCGACCAGGAGCUCGGUCGAAUCGCAAGUUCAGGGGACGAGUUGGAAUUGGAGAAAGUACCGGAGCUGACAAUGACACCACUUAACGAUGGUGAGGACGACGACGACGACGAGUUUGAGCGCCUUAUAAAGGCAGGGGUUAUCGAAGGCCGGGGCAAGAUCGUCGGUAGCAUCGGCGACGAUGUUGCGGAGCAAGGAGCGUUGCUAGCGUCGCCAAUCGGUACAGCGCGGGCCACAGAGGAAACCGAGGGGGAAUCCUCGACGCAGACGCAGGUAGAGGAGGUAGUCGAGUUAGAGGAAGACGCUGAGACGGGCGUGGAAGCUCUGGCUAGGCUUGCCAUCUAGAUGGCACAGGUCGCAUGCAUAACAGCAGAACGUUUGUGGCGGCCGGGAAGGGGAUGGGCAUGACCUAGAUAGGUAGAUUUUUGGUCCGAAUGUAGGAGCUACGCGAUGGCUUUCGACGAAGAUAUACCUAGUCGGACAUUCGGCUAAGCAGGUAGGAGAAGACACGACUUUCUCAGAAGCGUAGAUGGAGGCUAAUCGACCAACAACACAAUCGCGCUUUGUUAUCUUGCUAGUUUCCUACGUACACGUAGCGGUGGGUGGUUGAGAAGGAUGAGAAGAUGAUUUCAGGGGUAGAGACGCCUAAUACACACCUUACUGGGC